AUGACGAGUACAUCGGGCUUAUGCCCCCCACCUUUCAUACAAGAGAGUCUUUACGCGAAUUCAUCGGGAUACAUCCCUGGUCGAUUUUGUGAACCUAUUGCCGAAGGACUCAAUUGCUGUUUACCAUGUCCUUUAGCAGAUUGGAGAUACCCCGGUGGAGUGGACAAGAAGAAUGAAGCAAUCGGGUGGCUCGGUGUUGCGCUACUACCGUUAACAGUCUUCCUCCUCGUCAGCUGGGCUGUCCUCCCCGUCAAAUUCACGAAUCGAAACUACAUCACCGUCUGUUUCACGUUGUCCGUCGUCUGUCUCCAGAUUCCUCUUAUCAUUCCGCUGGGAACCAAACCACAACAAUGCAAUGAUGCGAUUACGCCAAAUGAUAUGCACACGGACUGGUCUUGUGCGUUUACAGGUGCUAUCUUGUUGUUCGGCGGUGCUGCCUGUGUUACAUGGAGUCUUUUGCGAACAAUUGCGCUUCACCUACAGGUCUGUUGGGAGGUGAUCAUUGGACCUGUGUUCAUGUGGAUCGCCUUCGCAGUGGGAUUGGGCCUACCCGUUCUCAUCCUCGCUUUGAUGCUGGUUUUCACAGGAGUUUCCUAUCGAUUCGGCAGCGUAUGCCAUAUCAACAGCCAAGAUAGUCUUCAUGAUUACUGGAUUCCAGUCUUGGUGUUUGGUGGAAUGGGUCUUAUUCUUCAAUUCGUGACCAUGGGAUACUGCAUGUACGUCUAUAUUAAGGCACUUUUCGACCCAUCAGAUCCUACAAGUACCUCGAAUUCGGGGCUGCCGUCGUAUACAUCCAGUUCGCGCACGGCAACUGCUCGACAGGCAUACAGGCGCGUGCGACGAGUUCUCAAACUACAGUGGCGAUCAAUGGCUCUUGUCAUGGUCAUUCUCGCCAAUGUCAUCUAUUUGGCGGUUACUUUCCUGCAACUCGAUAGCGAUCUGGCUGUCAACGCUUCCAACCUCAAGAAAGCCACACCGUGGUUGACCUGUCUGGCAGAGUUCCAGGACCCCGCAAAAUGUACAGCAGAGGCCUCUGCUCUUGGCCUGACCGAGGCAGCAUUGGACGCAGCACUGGUGCUUCUUUGUAUAGCCAGUUUCUGGAACUUUAUCUUCACAGUGCGCAUGACUAUGCUCCGAGGGUGGCUUGAGUACUGGCAAGGACUCUUUGCCAAGAAUGUCGAGUUUGUCUCGGUGGAUGCACGUUCUCGCUUUGGAGAUAAUCGCAACUAUGAGAUGCUCAGCCACCAGAAUACCAUGAAGACACCUGAGCCGACACCAUCUGAGGUGCGCUCACCUACGCCAGCAUACAUGCAUGGUCGUGUAGACGAAGAAGAAGUCGAUGGAAAGGACAUUGAACUCAGCACUCACUCGCGGCAAGCCAGUUACACUCGUCCUACAAUGAGCUUCUCGACGCCGCGUCCCCCCACCGGACAGAGAAGCCCUACCAACUUCACCUGGGAUGCUACUAGCACUUUUGCUCGAUCGAAUUCUCAGAUGAGCAAUCAUAACCCUCGCUACAGAUAA